GUCUCUUCCAGCUGCCCUCUUGCAAAGCCUGGGAGCCCAGAGUUAUCCCGCGCUCGGCGGGCUGGGAGGCCCCGGCCCGGACUCGCGUCCGGCGCAGCCGAGGUCCCCCAGCGCCCCCUACAGCCGCGCGUGGGGUGAGACGGCGCAGGGUCCCGUGCCUCCGCGCCACGCCCGGGACCCCACCCAGAGGCCGGCUCCCCGGGACCGCGCGAGCACCCGCAGCUCCUGGCUGCAGAAGCGGGGCGUGGGCCCGGCGGGCGUGCGGCAUCCCAGAUCAACCUCAGUUGCUCCGCCCGCGGCGGCCCGACUUCCCCUCCCUUCCCCUGUCCCUCCCUCCUUCCCUCCCUCCCUCCUUCCCUCCCGCCCGCCGGCGCCGGACACGCUGCACUUCUCUUGGGGCGCUUUUCCCCUUGGCCGACCGUCUCAUCCCCCGCAACUUUGGACCGUGGCCGUUUGGUGUUGAAUGUUCUCCUCCGAGAGCGCAUGGCUGGGGAAGCGAGGUGCGGGCUCGGUCCCCGAGGGGCCGCCGUCUGGGAAGCGGUGCUGCUGCUGCUGUGCCUGGGCGUUCCGACCGGGCGCCCCUACAACGUGGACACCGAGAGCGCGCUGCUCUACCAGGGCCCCCCCAACACCCUGUUCGGCUAUUCGGUGGUGCUGCACAGCCACGGGGCGAACCGAUGGCUCAUAGUGGGGGCGCCCACGGCCAGUUGGCUUGCCAACGCUUCAGUGGUCAAUCCCGGCGCGAUCUACAGAUGCAAGAUCGGAAAGAAUCCAGACCUGAAUUGCGAACAGCUCCAGCUGGGUAGCCCUAAUGGAGAACCUUGUGGAAAGACUUGUCUGGAAGAAAGAGACAAUCAGUGGUUGGGGGUCACGCUUUCCAGACAGCCAGGAGAAAAUGGCUCCAUUGUGACUUGUGGGCAUAGAUGGAAAAAUAUAUUUUAUAUAAAGAAUGAAAAUAAGCUCCCCACGGGUGUUUGCUAUGGAAUGCCCUCUGAUUUACGAACAGAACUGAGUAAAAGAAUAGCUCCAUGCUAUCAAGAUUAUGUGAAAAAAUUUGGAGAAAAUUUUGCAUCAUGUCAAGCUGGAAUAUCUAGUUUUUACACAGAGGAUUUAAUUGUGAUGGGAGCCCCAGGAUCGUCUUAUUGGACUGGCUCUCUAUUUGUCUACAAUAUAACUACAAAUAAAUACAAGGCUUUUUUAGACACAAAUAAUCAAGUAAAAUUUGGAAGUUACUUAGGAUACUCAGUUGGAGCUGGUCAUUUUCGGAGUCCACAUACGACUGAAGUCGUUGGAGGAGCCCCUCAACAUGAACAGAUUGGUAAAGCAUACAUAUUCAGCAUCGAUGCAAAAGAACUAAAUAUCUUACAUGAAGUGAAAGGAAAAAAGCUUGGCUCUUACUUUGGAGCCUCUGUGUGUGCUGUGGACCUCAAUGCAGAUGGCUUCUCAGACCUACUCGUGGGAGCUCCCAUGCAGAGCAUCAUCCGGGAGGAAGGCAGAGUGUUCGUGUACAUCAACUCUGGCUGGGGAGCAGUAAUGAAUGAAAUGGAAACGGAGCUCAUUGGAAGUGACAAAUAUGCUGCAAGAUUUGGGGAAUCUAUAGUUAAUCUUGGUGACAUUGAUAAUGAUGGCUUUGAAGAUGUCGCGAUUGGAGCUCCACAAGAAGAUGACUUGCGAGGUGCUAUUUAUAUUUACAAUGGCCGAGCAGAUGGGAUCUCAUCAGUGUUCUCACAGAGAAUUGAAGGACUUCAAAUCAGUGAAUCAUUAAGUAUGUUUGGACAGUCUAUAUCUGGACAAAUUGAUGCAGAUAAUAAUGGUUAUGUAGAUGUGGCAGUUGGUGCUUUUCGGUCUGAUUCUGCUGUGUUGUUAAGGACAAGACCUGUAGUGAUUGUCAAAGCUUCCUUAAACCAUCCUGAGUCAGUAAAUAGAACAAAUUUUGACUGUGUUGAAAAUGGAUUGCCUUCUGUGUGCAUGGAUCUAACACUCUGUUUCUCAUACAAGGGCAAAGAGGUUCCAGGUUAUAUUGUUUUGUUUUAUAACAUGAGUCUGGAUGUGAACCGGAAGAUAGACUCUCCAUCGAGAUUUUACUUUUCUUCUAAUGGAACGUCGGAUGUGAUCACAGGCAGCAUAAAAGUGUCAAGCAGAGGAGCUAACUGCAGAACACAUCAAGCAUUUCUGCGGAAAGAUGUGCGGGACAUCCUCACCCCAAUUCAGGUUGAAGCUGCUUACCACCUUGGGCACCAUGUCAUCAGUAAACGAAGUACAGAAGAAUUCCCACCACUUCAGCCAAUUCUCCAGCAGAAGAAAGAAAAAGACGUAAUUGAAAAAACAAUAAACUUCGCAAGAUUUUGUGCCCAUGAAAAUUGUUCGGCUGAUUUACAGGUUUCUGCGAGAAUUGGAUUUUUUAAGCCACAUGAAAAUAAGACCUAUCUUGCUGUUGGGAGUGUGAAGACAAUAAUGUUGAAUGUGUCCCUAUUUAAUGCUGGAGAUGAUGCAUAUGAAACCGCUCUGCACAUUAAACUCCCCUCCGGCCUUUACUUCAUUAAGAUUUUAGAUCUGGAAGAGAAACAAAUAAGCUGUGAAGUGACAGACAGCUCUGGCUUAGUCAAACUUGACUGCAGUGUUGGUUAUAUAUAUGUAGAUCACCUAUCAAGGAUAGAUAUCAGCUUUCUCCUGGAUGUGAGCUCACUCAGCAGAGCAGAAGAGGAUCUCAGCAUCACAGUGCAUGCCACCUGUGCAAAUGAAGGGGAAAUGGACGACCUGAAGCGUAACAAAGUGACUUUAGCAAUACCUCUCAAGUAUGAAGUCAUGCUAACUGUUCAUGGGUUUGUCAGCCCAACUUCAUUUGUGUAUGGACCAAAGGAAGAAAAUGAGCCUGAGACGUGCAUGGCAGAGAAAAUGAACUUCACCUUCCAUGUUAUCAACACUGGCCAUAGCAUGGCUCCGAAUGUUAGUGUGGAAAUAAUGGUACCAAAUUCUUUUGCCCCCCAAACCGAUCAGCUGUUCAACAUUUUGGAUGUCCAGACUACUGCUGGAGAAUGCCAUUUUAAAAAUUAUCAAAGAAAGUGUGCGUUAGAGCAGGAGAAAGGUCCAAUGGAGAUCCUGAAAGACAUUUUCAAAUUCUUGUCCAAGACUGAUAAGAAGCUACUGUUCUGCAUAAAAGCUGAUCCAUAUUGUUUAAAUUUUUUCUGCCAUUUUGGGAAAAUGGAAAGUGGAAAAGAAGCCAGUGUUCACAUUCAGUUGGAAGGCCGGCCAUACCUUUCGGAAAUGGAUGAGACUUCAGCCCUCAAGUUUGAAAUAAGAGCAACAGCUUCUCCAGAGCCUAAUCCAAAAGUUAUUGAACUAAACAAGGAUGAGAAUGUUGCACACGUUUUACUUGAAGGACUACAUCAUCAAAGACCCAAACGUCAUUUCACAAUAGCGAUUAUUUCAAGUAGCUUGCUACUUGGACUUAUUUUACUUUUAUUGAUUUCAUACGUUAUGUGGAAGGCUGGCUUCUUUAAAAGACAGUACAAAUCUGUCCUACAAGAAGAAAACAGAAGAGACAGCUGGAGCUACGUUAACAGCAAAAGCAAUGAUGGUGAUUAAAGACUUCUUUCAAAUUGAGAGACUCAGGUUAACCAAAGAAAUUUAAGACAGUGUUUACAAGAAACCCCGAAUUCUGCUCAGAUUUCGAUGUACUUCAUUUACCAUGACCUUGUGACAUAUUAGGUCUCAAUGCAAGUGAAAAAUCCCAAGCAAUCAUUACUCUUCAAGAGGAAAGUAAUCUCUCUGCUCUUGAUAGAAAAAAAACACUAAAGCAUUCAAUUUAUUCAAGGUAAGUAAUCCCUCGAAGAUACCUUGAAAUGAAAGUGCUUCUGAAUUAAAUCAUAUUGAGGAAGUAAACAACUCAUUUGGAGAAGUCUUGGACUUGAAAUAUCAUUCCUUUAAAAGAAAUUAUUUGCCGAGUGUGCUUACUUCAGUAAAAUAAACUCCACUGAAUAGGCAAUGAUUCAUUUCUAAUAGAUCUUUGAGACUUGUUGGAAAAAUCCUGCUAAAUAUUUUUAAAGAAUGAAGAGCUGUUCCUCAAUUUUCUAAUGAAUAAAAGAAGACCACUAAUGUUUUAAAGCAGAUUUUAUCUUUAAAGACCUUUCUUUGUAAUACCUUUAUGAUGGGCUUUGAUCAACAACGAUUUAUUCAGCAGUCUAUGUAAGAGCAUUAUGGGCCUGAGGAGCAAAUUUCAGACUGAACUUAUACACUGGUUUGAGCUUAAUGACUUCUGGAUAAUUAUUGUUAAGCAGCUAUGGAUUCUUUCUUUCUGUAUAUAUACAUAAGUUCUUAAAAAAAUGUUUAUAUAGGUAUGAAUCCACUAGUCCUCCUAUAACACAUUUUUAUCAAGGGUACCCAGGAGUAAAUUUCUAAAAUUCAUUUUUAGUGAAAUUUUUUGCUUAUAGAAACAAAAGUACUUAAGAAUUCUAAUUUAUACUCUGAAACAGAUUGUGAAUGUUGCACUUUAGCUGAUAUUUCAAAUAUAAAUACACUGAUAUAUGUAAAAUAUGAAAACUGUACCUCACUAAUGACUUUUAAAAAGCCAAACUCUACGCAGACCGUGCUUAAGAGGCCAGUAUCUCAUAUAAAUUAGAUACUGUGUAAAAUAGUGACUGUCAAAUUAAGCAAAUGCACCUACUUGUGUAGAUACUACUUUCUCCUCAAAUGUAUGUAUGAAAUGUGUUUUUAUCAGGUGUAUAAGCAUUCUCAUCUGUACAGAAUUAGAGAAACAAUUUAGAAAUUUAAAUUUUAGCUUGUAUUCAGUAAAUAUAAAUGUGACAUCAAAAUUUCCAUGAUCUAGGUUUUAGUGAUAAUCUUUACUAUUUAUUCAUGCAUAUGAACUGGAUGCUGAUAGCUGCAGAAUAUAAUUUCAUCUGAUUUGUCCUGUAUCUGUCUUUACUAUGGAAGUGAUCAAAUAGUAAAAGACUUCCAUCUAUAUGAAGCCCCUGCCAACAGCUGUCUUUCUCAGGCUGCCUAAAUUCCUGUUAAGUUCUCUGUUCACGAGCCCACAGUAGUAGCUGGUGGCCAGACAACAAGGGAGGCAGAGCUUUGUGCAAGCAUUCGAGGAGUGACGCCCAAUCUGUGAGCAUGAAGCCUCCUGAAUGCAAUCAUUAAUUAAAUUAAAAAGGUAUUCUUUCAAAGUAUUAUAUUAGCAAAAGAUUUGCUUUUGUCAUUACAUAAAAAGCAAAGUAAUUCUUCCAGGAGAUUUUUCUGUAAUCAUUGGUGGAGGAUGAUCCCUGAGGAAAUUUAAAUCUGGCUCUUUUCUACUCAGAAAUGAUAGCAUUUGGGGCAUUACUGAGUGCACUAAAACCAGUGUGCUAGGAUUGCUGGAUACCAGGACUUUCAGAAGCAAAGAAAACAGCUCCUCACUAGUUAGCUAUUUUGCAUACUUUAAAAUAUGUUAUGGAUUUUAAAAGACUUUAAAGAAAAUCAGGGAAUAGUCCCAAAAUUGGUACCCUAACAACUUAAAACGCUUAUCUUUUUGGCAGAUAAUGUAGGUAUUGGAAUGAUUUUGAAAUCUGGAUUAGUAUCUCAUCAGGGCAUCUUCAGGUAACGUCGGGUAUCCAUCUAUACCAGGCUCUAGGAAUUUUCACAUCAGUACUGAUGGAAUCAAAUCUUGAAAAGUGAAAGCAUUCCAAUUAUUUCACUUGGGAAUUAAGUAUAUGAAUGUUUACUUUCAGUUCCAGUAAUACUUUCUGAAACCCAAAAUUUAAAUUAUAUUUCAUGUUUUAAGCUCUAGAAGCUAAUUUUUAGUGACAAAAAUAGCAAUUUUCAUUUCUUUUAAAAAAAAAUUUUUCCCUAUAUGUUUAAAGCAUGACCAUAGUCCUUCAUAUUAAAAUUCUAGUUUGUACGUUUCUUUUAUAAACAAUUACAUGUUACUUGGGAAUCAUUCCUUUCUUCCAUGCUUCCUCCAUAAAGAUUGAUAAGUCUGGGAUGUAAUCUGUAAAAAAAGAUGUAUAAUUAUUUCAUCAACCUAUCGUUUUCACACAUACACCUAUUGAGUGCGGUACCUAAGACCUAAUCCAAAUCUAACGACAGCUUCCAAACCUAUAUUCGUGGCAGAGCUGCCAUCUUAUAAACUGGGGGGCCUGAUAAACCAGCACCAGUAAUGACUGUGACAUCCAGGCACUGUGCCUAUAGUGGGGUGCUCCUGCACCCUUCCUCUCCCCCUGAGUCCUAAUGCUUACCAACAGUGAGUCUGCAUGGUCCUAAACUUGCCUGCGCCAGUUGCCCCUAUUAAAUAGUAUGUAACAUUGUUCCUGUGUAAAGUAAGCUGAAGGCUUUGGAAAGAGUUCAGAGAAGCACACUGCUGAAUACCUAGUGAUGAAGACUAGAGAUUUCAAUGUAACAAUCUGCAACUCAGAGGGCUUUCACCAGGUUAAGAUCUGGAUCCACUUUUAAAAUGACAAAACGUCAGUUGUAGACAUCAUCUGUAUAGUUUAGGGAGAAAUUUGAAAUGCCAAGAUAGAGACUCAGAAAAUUUGGUGAUGAGUCUACACGAAAAUGCUUUGGCUGUAUGUAACAAUGGGUGAGUAAAUGUAAAGUUACACUUUAUUUAUUAAAAUUGUACAUCUUUUAAUGUUUCCCUGACUUAUUAAAAAAAAUAGUUUUGUGUCUACUGGUGGACAUUAAAGGUGGUGAAAUAAUGACACUUACUUAAUGUGAACCUCUGAUGUGGCUUCCAUUAAGUCACCAUCUAUGUUCCAAGGGAAACUGUUUUCUGAAGCAGCUGCGUGCUGUCCGUCGUCAUCGUCCUCUGGAUUGUAUCCACUAAGAUUCUUUGGACUAACUUUUACUUCUCCAACGGUGUAAGUCUCAACAAAUGGAAAACUGAACUAAAUAAAACAAAUGCAAAUAA